AUGAAAAGUGCUGCUGAAAAGUGCUUAGAAGAGAUCGGUUGGGGAAAAUAUCAAAAUUUUCUUUUCAUAUGUGGCUGUGAAGCAAUUGGAAUUGGAGUCGGCGCUUCAAUGCUUAUACCUCUUAUUAUAGUUGAGCUUACAGAUAUCUCAAACGCUAGCAAAGGGCUGCUUGCAACAGUAAUGAACUUAGGAAUGCUAAUAGGUUCCUGGUACUUUGGCAAAAAGGCUGACCAAGGAGGUCGAAUUUCAUAUUUCAGACAGUCAUCCUAUAUACUUUUGCUUGGCUUAACUAUACUUUUCUUAUCAAAUACAUAUUUAGCAUUUUUGGCUGCAUUAUUUUUUAUCGGGUGUGGGUUUGGUUCUGAUAACGCUUUGAUUAAUUCUUUAUUAAUUGAAAGUAUCCCAGCAUCAGGAAGAAAAUCUCUUGCAUGGCUGCUAGGAUCUAUUAAUGUAUCGAACUGUGCAAUUUUUGUUAUAGCUGCGGUUGUUGAAGUUUUUAAAGUUACAUUUAUAAGUGACUGGAGAUUAGUUGCGGGAAUUUUCAUUAUAAUUCGUGUGAUUUUUAUAUAUUUGAGAAAUUUCCUUGAAGAAGGACCAGUUUUCUUAUGUAAACAAGGAAAAAACGAAGAAAUGAAAAAAGUUUUAAAGAAGGUAAAAAUUAAUUAGAUUGCAGAUAUGAAUGGAAUGAAAGAUUUUGACCCUGAAUUGUUAGAAAUUGUAGAAAAGCUUCCAGCAAGUGGGCCUGCAAUUUCGGAUUUAUUCAAGGUACCUUUAUCAUCAAUUACAUUUAAAUUGAUCCCACUUUUCUUCUUCACAUUUUUAGGGUUUCAAGGGAUAAUCAUGUUCUUGCCAAAAAUCAUUGUAACUGAAACCAAAUUACAAAAAUUUACUCUGAUUGCAUUUUUGCAAAUUAUAGGACUUUUAGGCAGAUUUUUAGCAGCAAAAUUAAUUGAUACAAACCUAGGGAGAAAAUAUACAACAGUGCUCAGUCAAUUUCUUCUUGCUGCAACUGCUUUUGGCUUUGCAUUUGCAAAUGGUUUCAUGCAAAAUCUGAUUGUUAAUUUUGUGUUUUCGAUUUCGCUAUCUAUGAUGAUGGCAGCUCAAAACGUCAUUUCGGCUGAAAGUUAUCCGCCAUUUAAUAGGUCUUUGAGCAUUGGAGUCUUAAUGAGUGUCGGAAGUGUAGGGGGGAUGCUGAGCUCAGUAAUACUAGGGGCAUUUAUAGAUAAUUUUGGGGUUUCUAUCGCAAUGAUUUACAGUUCCUCUGUAUUUGUCCUUGCUGGUAUGGUAGCAUCAAGGUUGAAAGAAACUCGAGAAGUUCAUAAACAAUCAUAG